UGACAGCGUCACAGUCACAGUCGCAGUCGCAGUCACAGAGUCAGAGUCACCAACAGCGCCUGGCCUGGCCGAGUCGUCAGAGUCGUCCGUCAGAGUCUCAUCAGUGUCGUCUGUGUGCGCGGUCGGAGCGAAACGCGGGCGUUGCAAACUCAUUUCGUAAAUGGAAAUGUGCUGGAGACGCAGACGGCGCGGCAAGCCAAUCAAAUGAAAUUUAUUAAAUUGAAGAAGACGUGCACAGCCCAGCGAACGGAAGUGAAAAGUUACACACAUCCCAGCAGACAUACGAGAAGACAACAACAACCACUAGAAGACACACACAUACAUACACGUGUAUAUAGUGUACACAGACGAAUAAACUAAUCGCAAAAGGCAGACACGCGUCAGCAUGGGCAAGGAUCAGGAGUUCCUCGAGGCGGCACGCAACGGCAACAUCAGCCACAUCGAAAAGGUGCUCGCCCAGAAGGGCAAGCGCGCCGGGCCCUUAGCCAGCCUGCGCCGCACCGGUGUCAAUGUGCAGGACAGCGGCGGCUACUCGGCGCUGCAUCAUGCCUGCCUCAAUGGCCACGAGGACAUCGUCCGACUCCUGCUGGCCCAUGAGGCGUCGACCAAUCUGCCCGAUUCGCGUGGAUCGUCGCCGCUGCACUUGGCCGCCUGGGCCGGGGAGACGGACAUCGUGCGGCUAUUGCUGACGCAGCCGUAUCGGCCGGCUAACGCCAAUCUGCAGACCAUUGAGCAGGAGACGCCGCUGCACUGUGCCGCCCAGCACGGACACACGGGCGCCCUGGCGCUGCUGCUCGCACACGACGCGGAUCCCAAUAUGCGCAACUCGCGGGGCGAGACGCCGCUGGAUCUGGCCGCCCAAUACGGACGCCUGCAGGCCGUGCAGAUGCUCAUCCGAGCGCAUCCCGAACUGAUUUCACAUCUCAGCACAGCGGCAGUGGAGAGCGGUAGAGCAGGCGGAGGUGGAGCAGUAGCGGGUGGCGAGUCACCCUCAUCGCCCGCACGUCCCAUCUUUCCGCACACCUGCCUCCAUCUAGCCAGUCGCAAUGGCCACAAGAGCGUGGUCGAUGUCCUCCUGGCUGCGGGCGUCUGUGUGAACCUAUUGACGCCCUCGGGCACGGCGCUGCAUGAGGCGGCGCUGUGCGGCAAGGAGAGCGUGGUGCGCACUCUGCUGCGGGCGGGCAUCGAUCUGUCGGCCACGGACAGCGAGGGCCGCACUGCGCUGGAUAUACUGCGUGAAUUUCCACCGCAUGUGACCAAGCACAUCAUUGCAGUGAUUAACAACUUUCGCCACCAAAUGGACACAGAUGAGGCGGACGAGGUUAUCUACCGCCAGCACGCCGGCUCCCACACAACUGGGCGUGGCCAGAGCUCGAAGCAGCCACAGCCACAGCCACAGCAGCACAACAGCCACAACCACUAUCACUUCAACUCGAACAACCACUUGCUGAACCACUCGCACUCCAUGCAGCAGUCCGGCUACAGCAAGCAGCGGCUCAGCGCCGGCAAUGGCGGGCCCUACAACGGCGGCAAAUCCCUGGACAGCGCUCUCCAGCCCGAGGACAGGUUCUAUCAGGAUCUCAACGCGCACUCGCCGCUGCACAUACAAAACGAUAUGGGCGGCGGCUUUAGUGUCAGUCCCUCUUCGUCGCUGAGCAGCUUUGAGCCGGCAUCCGUGUCGCCCCGCUCGCGCUGCUCCACCGGCGGCGGCGCUCAGCCCAUUGUGAUGAGCACAUUCGCGCCCAGCGGGCCGCCCAAGAAGCCGCCGCGUCGCAAUCUCUCUGUCUCGCCCACGCACGCCGGCCCGGGCCAGCAGUUCGGCUACAGCUCGCCAUCCAGCCAGGGCCAGGGGCAGCCGAUAGCGGCCGGACGCCGACGCCCGCCCGCCAGCGAGAGUCCCUACUCGCAUCAGAGCCACGGCAGCGUCGGCGGCAUGAGCUUCGAUGAGACGCAGCUGCGCGAGCGGCAGCGCAACGACCGCCUCUACGCUAGCGCCAGGCAGAGCACGCGCUCCGCCGUGGACGGCAGCAUGAGCCUCAGCUCCAGCAAUGACAUGCUGGAUCGUCAGUGCAGCAGCUCGGAGCUGAAUAGCGAGACAAGUGUGCCAAAUUCCAGCGGAGAGUCGCCAGCUCCCGCUGCUCAUGCCACCAACUCCAUGAAGCGACCCAUUCCGGCGCAGCGCAGCGCCUCGACCAAACUCUCCAAGGAACUGCUCAAGAGCUGCGAGAGUGCCACCCUCAAAUCGUACAAUCCUAACCGCAAACUCAAACGGAACCGCAACAGCUGCUCUAUAAAUGUAGCCGAUAAGACGGAAGACGCUGAGCAGAACUGCGAUGCGAAGCAGCAAAUUCCGAGCAGUCCCACGCACUACAAGCAGCCUCCGACGCCGGAUCAUCCGCCACCCAGCUCUAGCCAGGCCGAGCGCACCAUACACGAGCGCAUCCGUCCACUGAGCCAGGAGUACAAGCGGCGAUCGGCGCUGCUGCAGUUGCAAGCGGCGCAGCAGCUAAUGAUCGAGACGGGCUCGUCGCCGUCGAAGCUGCUGCCGACGCUGAGCACGCCGGGCUACGAUUACGAUGAUACGGUGACGGUGGUGCCGCGCUGUCCGGCUCCGUCGUCGGGCUCGCUCAGCUCGAGCAUUUCGUGCUCGGAUCACAGCCUCUCGCACUCCACCACGGACUACGUGGAGGAGUUUGUGAGCGAUGUGCCCUUUGCCGGCCUACUCAAAGGCGCAUCCCAAAAGGAGCACAAGGAGCAGCAGGAGGUCAAGGUGCAAACCCAACAGGUGCCGCCGCCACGUGUGCGCCCGCCGAUCCCAACCAAGCCGCAGGUUCCAGAGCGCAAGUUCGUGAAGCCACCGACCACGCCCACCCAGCAAAGUGCCGAAGUGAAGCUGGAAACGAAUGGCAAUAACGAGACCGAGAAUUUAUCGACGCACAAGCCCGACAAGUCGCCCACCAAAUCAGCUGGCAAAUCGCCCGUCAAGUCGCCAGCCAAGUCGCCGGCAAAGUCUCCUGGCAGCGGUCACUCGAUAGCGCGCAACUCGCUGAAUCUGCUGAGCCCCUUCAAUGCGGAGGAGGCGCGCAAGAAGAUCUCCGAGAUCAUUGAGAACUUCGGCAGCGGCAUACUCAACACGAACAUAACGCCCACCCACGACAUCGAGCUGGACUUUGAGGAUCUCGAGGUGCUGCCGGAGCGCCGCGAGCUGGCCCUGAGGCUGCGCAAUGCGGGCCUGUUGCACCUGGAGCGCAUACUCUUCGAAAAUGGCUACGAUAACUACAAGUUUGUGCGCAAUGUGUUCGAGGAGCCGGAUAUACCGCUGCUGCACAUCCCAGAGCGGGAUGCGGCCAAGCUGCUGCGCUUUGUGGAGACCCUGCCGCCGGCGGAGUUUCUGCCCCAGGUGCCCCUCAAGACGCAGCAGGAGAACAAGCAGCCGGGCGUGACCACGCUGCAGCAGUGGCUGCACAGCAUCGCGCUGCCCGAAUACCUGGAGAUCUUCAACAAGCACCUGUACAACACAAUCGAUAGCGUCUGCGGUGUCUGGGACGUGGAGCUGCAAACUGUGCUCGAGAUCAACAAGCUGGGCCAUCGCCGGCGCAUUCUGCAAUCGUUGGCCUUCAUCCGGCAAAUGCGUGAGUCGAAGUCACAGAAGACGCCGCUGGCCGAGAACAACGAAACCAACAAAAUGACAACGAACGGAAACAAGGAAGCCUUGGCCGGCACAACCACAGCGGCCACCACCGGCACCACGCAGCCAACCACGAUUGCACUGCCGCAUCGGAAUUCCAUAACGGGCUAUCGCAAGAAUCGUCCCGCACCACCGCCGCCUGCACCGCCGGCACUCAAAACUAUUGAAGCUGACCCAUCUACGGCUCCACUUCAGAUACGCGCACCCUCCGAGCUGCUGCUGGGACUGCCCGCCAACAUGCGCACCACCCAGUGGCGCCACUCGGCACAAACUCUUCUUAACGAGCACAUCAAAUACGAGGUCCAGUACCUAGGCUCAACGGUUGUGAAAGAACUGCGUGGCACAGAGUCCACAAAGAAAUCAAUACAGAAGCUGAAGGCCUCCGGCGAUCAGGCGAACAAAGAGGUGCACAAACAGGGGGCGCCGCUGUCCCUGGCCAUUUGCCACCGGGGCGUGGAGUUCAUAGACGUGGCCAGCAGGCGUGUCAUUUGCGAGCAUGAGAUACAGAACAUCAAUUGCGCCUGCCAGGAUUCGGAGGAUUUGCGGCACUUUGCCUACAUCACCAAGGAGCAGGACAUGCACUAUUGUCAUGUGUUUCUAGUGCAAAGCACAGAUCUGGCCAGCGAGAUCAUACUGACGCUGGGCCAGGCCUUCGAGGUGGCCUAUCAGCUGGCACUGCGCGAUGGCAUUGCGACGACGCCGUCGCUGCUCCUAGACAAUGGCAUGCUGCAGGGCGAGUACUGCGGUGGCGGUGGCGGUGGCAGCAAAUAGAGCCAGGAGCUGGCCAUCGCCCGUAAACCCACUCAGUCUAUGGCCAACAAUACGAAUCGCACUCACAGUCGCAGUCGCAGCCUGUGCGCCAAACUAUUUUGCCUGACCAACUAUGGAGCGUUGUUCAAGCUUUAGUUGGAAUUUUUCCAAUCAGAAUUGAAACUAGUCCUUGCGCAGAGAACAACAACAGAAAGACUUUUUACAAAGGCACAACAAUUUUUUAUGCAAUAUAUAUAAAUCCAUAUAUGUAUAUGUUUGAAUGCUCCAGAAACGAUCCAGCUUUUUUCAAGCUAAACUAUUUGAGAAUCGAACGCACAAUAUUCAUGAAUAUCAUCAUUUGACAAACUGCAAACACAGAAACAAAAACAAGAAUGCAUUUACAACUUUUUAAGUAUCUAUAUAAAAGGCAGUUGCAUUUAACUAUAUACACAAACACACAUAUAUACAUUAAAUACUAAACGUAUGUGUAUUCAAGUUUUAGCAAAUUUUUAGCUAUUUAUCUAAUCCAUGAAACGAGUAUAAAGUAUAAAUUUAUUAACCUACUAUUGGCACAUAAACAAUUUUAUUGAUGUUAAACGCUGUAAGACAAUUGAAACAGCGAACUGCUUAAAAAAGCAAUGAAAAAUUCAUAUCCAAAAAAACAAAAAAUACAUUAAACAAAACACAAAUUGGCUAUAUACAAGCGAUAAAUAUAUAAACAUAAAUAUAUAUGUAUACAUUAACAACUCCCAUGAGACACUGCGCGUUGUUAUAUACUUUUAAAUCAAUUCACAAAACUCUAAUCAAAAUGAAAUA